AUGAUGGAAAAUCACAUUGAUGCUCUUCUUUGUCCUCCUCAGGUCCUGAUUACUCCGAAGCAUCAUAUUCCUGCUAAACUCUUCUCGGCUGUUUGCUACACGGCUUUAUUCAAUCUGCUUGACUUCGGAGCCGAAUGUGCCUCCAAGGGGUAUGAUGGUCGGCUAGAACAGGAUUGA